UAAAGUUUUUGGUGAAGUUACAAAACACUUUCAUAAUAUUUUACGUAGCCUUUAUUUACGAGGAUGCGUCCUGACGUCAGCGUCAGUUCCACAAGCAUGAGGCGCAUACUCCGUGUGGAUUUAUUGAGGUGUAUUGGUGUAUUUAGUGGAAAUCCUCCGUCACAUGCCUCUUUGACAGCGGUUCAUAAAAACGCGUUUUUGCAGAGUUUCAGUCGGAAAUCAACGAGCGACAGUUCAACCAUGGACCUGAGCGACAUGAGGAAGAAAUAUAAAGCAGAUGAAGAGUGCUUUGAGGAGAGUCAGCUGGUUUCUCUGGACCCAAUCAAACAGUUUGGAGACUGGUUCGACCAAGCCACGAAGUGUCCUGAAAUCGGAGAGGCAAACGCCAUGUGCAUCGCCACAGCCUCCAAAGAUGGACGUCCGUCUGCUCGUAUGGUCCUGCUGAAAGGUUACAGCGACGAAGGUUUCCGCUUCUUUACCAACUAUGAGAGCAGAAAGGGAUCUGAGCUGGAGAGCAAUCCACAUGCAUGUCUGGUCUUUUACUGGGAGCCUCUCAACAGACAGAUUCGCAUUGAGGGCAACGUGGAGCGGAUUCCCUUCCAGAGCUCGUGUGACUACUUCCACUCCCGACCGAAGAGCAGCCAGAUCGGAGCCGUCGUGAGCCGACAAAGCACUCCAGUGCCUGACAGAGAUUAUCUGAGGCAGAAAAAUGCAGAGCUGUUGGAGAAGUACAAGGACACAGAGGUGCCGAUGCCCGACUACUGGGGUGGCUACAUCGUGAAGCCGUACCUCAUCGAGUUCUGGCAGGGUCAGACCAACAGACUGCACGACCGAAUCGUCUUCACAAAGCCGAAGGACGGCGAGUCGGAGUCGGGGGAGUUUGAGCACGCUGCAGAGGGAGGCUGGGUUUACCAGAGACUGUCUCCAUGAGAGGAACCCCCCCUUCCCCCCCCCGACAGACUCGUACCCUGACUAAUCAUCAUUGAUUAAAAAAAACUGUGUGUGUGUGUGUGUGUGUGUGUGUGUGUGUGUGUGAUUCAUCACCAAGCCGAUCGUCUGUGAGCAUUAAGAAAUGAAAAGACGCACAGGAAGUAUACCGACGUAACGAGGAGGACAAACUCCAACUGUGACUGUCGAGUAAUGAUUGACAGAAACACCAUCGCUAACCUUAAGGUCGAGGAAACUGUGUCUUAUUUCUUGAGAAGCACAACGUGUACCACUGUCCUCAAGUCGUCCAUUUUCAAUGUUAGAAGGAUAGAGUCAUAGGAAAUGGGGCGCCGGAUAGCCUAGCGGUUAUGUAGCGGUACUCCAUGUACAGAGGCUUUAGUCCAUGUCGCAGCAGUCGUGGAUUUGAACCCGACCCCGGCCCUUUGCUGCAUGUCAUCCCCCCUCCUCUCUCCUCCAAACACUUCCUGUCUCUCUUCAGCUGUCCUGUCUAAUAAAGGCAAAAAUGACCGUGAAAACAUGGAUCUUAAAACAUUCCCCUGGUUGUUAGUAUCAGUCUUAAACCUGUGACAGUCGAUCUGACUGAAUUUAAACCGUGCCAACGAUGAUGUUUGUGUCGUGUUCGUCUUGUGCUGCCUGAGAAUGAGAUUAUUGUUUACUGAUGAAAUCAGUGAAAAGAUGACAUUUUAACAUGAAGUAAAUUAAUAAAGCUUAAUUUGUAACGGG